AUGGAAACAAAGGUGGAUUGUUUUUGGGUUUUGGCUCUUGCUUCCAAAUGCAAAACUUUCUCGUCUUCCCAAAACACCUUUUAUUUUUUUAUCUUUCUUUGCAUGGCUUGGCUAGCCAUGGCUUUUUGCUACUGGUCUUACUCUGGAGGCCCCGCCUGGGGUAAAUACUGGCUCAAAAGAGGAAUCAAAGCUAGGACAAUACCCGGACCUCGAGGCUUCCCGAUACUUGGAAGCAUCACCCUCUUGAUCAACCUGGCUCACCACAAGCUGUAUGCAGCAGCUGAAUAUUUCAGAGCAAAACGGCUCAUGGCUUUUAGCGUCGGUGACACUCGUGUUAUUAUUACGUGCAAUCCUGACGUGGCUAAAGAGAUCCUAAACAGCUCUGCUUUUGCUGACCGUCCAAUUAAAGAGACUGCAUAUAGUUUAAUGUUCAACCGAGCAAUAGGUUUUGCUCCUUACGGAGUUUACUGGCGAACGUUAAGAAGGAUCGCUGCGACUCAUCUGUUUUGUCCCAAACAGAUUAGUUCUGCUGAGUCACAGAGGUUUGAUAUCGCCUCCCAAAUGGUGUCGGUCAUUGCAUGCUGUGGCGGAAAGUUUCGCGUACGUGAUAUACUGAAGUGGGCUUCACUUAAUAACAUGAUGUGUUCAGUGUUUGGUCGUAAAUAUCAUCUACGUUGUUCGAAUAAUAGUGAAGCUGAUGAACUAAGCCGGCUAGUUGAAGAAGGUUACGAGCUGUUAGGCAAGCUCAAUUGGUCUGAUCACCUUCCAUGGCUUGCAGCUUUUGACCUCCAAAAAAUCCGGUACAGAUGCUCGAAACUUGUCCCGAAAGUGAACCGGUUUGUGAGCCGGAUUGUUCAAGAACACAAGAACCAAACCGACCAAAAGAGCAAUGAUUUUGUGGAUGUUUUGCUCUCUCUUCAUGGACCCGAUAGAUUGUCAGACGAUGAUAUGGUUGCGGUUCUUUGGGAGAUGAUAUUUAGAGGGACGGAUACUGUCGCAGUUUUGAUUGAGUGGAUACUCGCGAGGAUGGUACUACACCCUGACAUCCAAUCAAAGGUGCAUGAUGAGCUUGAUAAAGUUGUGGGAAGAUCACGGCCGUUGACUGAAGCUGAUAUUCAAUCAAUGGUAUACCUGUCAGCAGUAGUAAAGGAAGUUCUAAGGCUGCACCCACCCGGCCCACUUUUGUCUUGGGCCCGUUUAGCAAUUACAGACACCAUAGUCGAUCGCUAUCAGGUGCCUGCAGGGACCACGGCUAUGGUUAACAUGUGGGCCAUAACGAGGGACCCAGAUGUGUGGGUGGACCCUCUGAAGUUCAUGCCAGAGAGGUUUAUGUGUCAAAAUGCUGGUGACGUGGAGUUUUCAGUCAUGGGCUCUGACCUCAGGUUGGCGCCAUUCGGAUCGGGUCGUAGGGCGUGCCCGGGAAAAGCGUUGGGUUUGGCCACGGUGACCUUCUGGGUAGGAACUUUACUGCAUGAAUUCAAGUGGGUGGAAUCGGAUGAUAACCCGGUGGAUCUUUCCGAAGAGCUAAGGCUUUCAUGUGAAAUGAAAAACCCACUCACCGUUAAGGCGCAGCCAAGGCGUAGGUAGAUAACUAAGUUUAAGCAUUUCCUUAA